ACAAGGCUCUUUGUGCCACAGGAAAUGGUGUAGGUCGGGAGCAGCGGGGCAGGCUGAGAGCAGAUUUCCUGUCAGGGCCAUUGCUAAGAAAGAGCAGGAACCGUUAUCUCUAGAAUAGGAGAGCAACUACUGACCCCAGCACCCCCUUAUGCCUCCCUCCUGAAUCCUGACACACCAGACUCCACCACUAGUUGGUCAACCGGCAAGUACCACUACCACCACAAACAACCUUCAAACAAGACUCUGGCUACAGCAAACAGCAAAAAAUUAAAUACCAUCCCUUUGGCUCACUUCCUCGGUUACUGCAUUUCCUGAGGCGCAAGCCCGUAGACCAGUGAGCUGGUGCAGGGAGGAGGAGAGUAAGAGAAAACCAAAGAGAAGUGAGUGAAAAAAGGAAAACUUAAAUCAUUCUACUGCUGCUACCACUUUCUGCUGCUCAGAAGCUUGACGAACAGACACAACUCAUUCUGGAAUGUUCCUUUUAUUUCAGAAUGGACUGCCAAAGUCUGUGAGCUUACCAGCAAAGAGCAGCUAAAGGGGGAGAGGAUUUUUUUUUUGUGGGACACAGCGGCAAUGCUGGGAUAUUUCAUGCAGGCUUGUGACAACUUGAUGGCUGUGUGCUAUACCUGUCAGGAUGUAAAGCCAAAUUUAUCUCUGCAGCUGAUGUGGAAUUGCUGAUAUUGUUUUCAUCUUUCUGAAGACCAAUGGUCAAGUUUUUGAUGUUACAGAUUUUUUGAACAGAAGUUUGUCUGGAGUUUACAGGGAUCCCUCAUGAAGAACAAGGCAGCAAAGCAGAAAUCUAAAAGGAAAGGGAUUGUGAGUGCUUUUGGAUGCGACCUGACCGAAUACUUACAGAGCUCUGGACAAGAUGUUCCCCAGGUCCUUAAGUGCUGUGCUGAGUUCAUUGAGGAGCAUGGCAUUGUGGAUGGGAUUUACAGGCUCUCAGGGAUCACCUCCAACAUCCAAAGACUCAGGCAGGAGUUUGGCUCAGAUCCCUGCCCGGACCUGACAAGGGAAGUGUAUCUGCAGGAUAUUCACUGUGUGGGGUCGCUAUGCAAGCUCUACUUCAGGGAGCUGCCAAACCCCCUCCUGACCUACGAACUCUACAAGAAAUUCACGGAUGCCGUGUCUGUCAAAGAAGAACAAGAGCAGCUGGCCAGAAUUCAAAAUGUCAUCAAAGAACUUCCUGAGACUCACUACCGAACCCUGGAGUAUCUUACCAGACACCUGACACACCUGGCAUCAUUCAGCACCCAAACAAACAUGCAUGCUAGAAACAUUGCCCUUGUGUGGGCACCUAAUCUCCUCAGAUCAAAGGAGAUUGAGAUUUCUACCUGUAAUGGUGAUGCUGCAUUCAUGGAGGUCAGGAUUCAGCAGGCAGUGGUGGAGUUCAUCCUAAACCACAUAGAGCAGAUCUUCAACAACGCAAGCCAUCCUGCUCCAGAGUCUGAUGAGCGCAGCGCUGUAGCAAAGUGCAUGUCCCUCCCUGCCAGCAGCCAGGCUCAGCCUAUGAAACUGGUGAGUCUGGAGGAGGCUCAGGCCCGGUCACUGAGCCCCAACCACCCGGCCCGCAGGGAGAGACGGGAGAACAGCCUGCCGGACACCAGGCUCAACACCGGGACCCUGUAUCACACCGUCAUCGACCUGCCCGAUAACAAAAGAAAGCUGUCAGGAAAAUCAAAGAUGUGGAAAUCCAUAUUUAACCUGGGCAGGUCCGGAUCUGAAUCCAAAUCCAAGCUGAGCAGGAAUGGCAGUGUGUUUGUGAGAGGACAGAAGUUAGCAGAAAAAGCUACCAUUCGGCCUGCAAAAAGUAUGGAUUCUCUUUGCUCCUUGCCCACAGAAGAAGAUGAAAAAGACAGCCAAUUUAAACGUUCGGCUGCGACUGGUGGCUUCUUCAUGCCUGCUUUCAAAUCCCGUACCUUGGGCACGGGAAGCACUUAUGAUUUAAGUAAGCAGGAUCAUGACUUGGAGCACGAGAGCCUUCCUGGUGCAAUGAGAGGAAGUUCACCUGUCAAUAAGGACAAAAUGGACACUAAGAACACACCCCAACACAAACCCCUGCCAGAGCAGCUCAAAGUGUUCAAGGGAGACGACCUCAACUGCUGUGAGCCCACUUCUCCCAAGACGCGGAGAAUGUUCUACUCCACCAGUGCCAGCGACGGAACUUCCAAACCCACCUUUCCUGGCAGCCUAUUCCCUCUUGAGGCAUCGCCGCGACACCAGCGCAAAGCCCUUAACAUUUCCGAACCCUUUGCUGUGUCCGUGCCUUUAAGGGUCUCUGCAGUGAUCAGUUCCAACAGCACCCCCUGCAGGACUUCAGUGAAAGACAAGAAUACUCUGCCUCCUGUCAGCGAAGCGUCCCCACUAAAGACUAGUAAUGACAGCGGACUUGCCGACCAAAGCAGUUGCUGCAGCAGCAGCAGUGGUUGUAGUAGUGGUAGUAAUAGUAGUGACUUGAUAACUCAAAAUAAGGAAGAUAAGCAAGUGCCUACAGUAAACUGUGGACAAGCAGCCAUUACCGUCAUGGACGAUGCAGAAGGAGAUGACCCUACACGGAUGGAAUCCCAAUGUAGGCUGACUGAUACUUCUGAAUAUCCAAAGCACUCUCCAGUAACUUCAACAGAUGAACAGCAACAACAACCACCAUGCGCAAUAACCCAUCAGUCAAAGCUGAACAUCCUCCCAUCAGCCUUGGGCACUGAUACAGCUGCCCUGAUGCAUUCGCUGCAGACAGUCAGGUCCAGUGAUGAGCUCCCAGCAAUUUUUACCCAGGUUGAUACGACACAAGCUAAAACCCACCUAGAAAUUCUACUGAGUGAAACGGAAGAACUUGCAGAGCUUUCUGAACUGACCGACGAAUCUGCUGCUGAUGCUUUGAUGGAUAAUCUUUGGCCUGAAAUCCAACUUGAGCUGAAAAUCAUUGAGCCUGAUGUGGAUAUUAUUGAUGAAGACAUCUUUGUACAGAGCCCACCACUUACUGUCCUGAUAAGUGAUGAUCUGAAGCAAACAGCAGACCCAAAUGCUAAGAGAACCAGCAGUUUUUCCACGUAUCCUUUAUUGCCCUCUGGUCCUGCAGAUGAAGUUCUCAAGACAGACUUACACAUCUCAGAUGAAAAUUGCUCAGGUGAAAAUAGUUCUUAUACGGUGCCAGAACGAAACCUGUCUUGUGACGUCAGCAGGGAAAGUAAUCCAAACCUAAAUGUGUUAGCUAAGACUGGAAACAAAACUGAGACGACACCUUCAAUAAAACCUACUGGUGACUCAAGAAGUAACUUUCACACUGAUAAUAAGCCCUCAAGUUCUAAAAUUAAUGAGUCAAUUUCAGCAGAGUCUGAGGGAGGUUUAAUCCCUGAAAGUGAUAAAGCUCAGAAGAAACACAUCAAUGAGUCGGUAAUGUCAUCAGGUCUGAAUGACUUGGUAGGACCAGAAAUAAAAUCUCCUAGAUUAACCAGUGGAAGUAAGAACCUGUCCCUGGACCUACUGAAGAGUAGCGCAAGGCUUUCAAAGUAUGAGGAGGAUAGUCCUUACUUGCUGAUUGACAAGGAUGAGUCAGGGCUGGAUAUUUCAUGUGCUUUAGAGCUAGUUGAGCCCUGGGAAGACUACACCCAACAAUGGGUUACAAGUCCACUUCAUUCACCAAAUACAAUGAAUAUCCUACAGAAGCAAGAUGAUUUCCCUGUGUGUUCAACUACAGAGAAUGUGUUUUUCAACAGACGCAGCUCAUGCAGUGCUCUUGACGCUAGAGAGCAGUUGAAGGAAUUGUGCACAGAUGUAACUAAACUUAGAGUGGCAGCUGAGCCCUCACAGGAAGGUGGAUCAAAGGCAGAAAGUGAAAUGACUUCCAGCAUGACUCCCAAUCUGCAAGCUGAGAACUGGUUGCUGCCACCCAGCGAGUCACUGAAGCCACUUAGUGUCAAAACAAGUGGGGCAAAGCAGCUUGACAGUAUUCAGCUUGCAGCAUCAAGUGCAGCCUCAAAGACACACACAGAGUCUGCAAACAUGAACAUAACGGAAGAAGAACUGUGUAAACUAUCAAAGGAAACCCCUUCUCUGCAGCAAGACUCUCUAACCACACUGGACAGCAUGGAAUCACAAGGCCAACAGAAUUCAGGAUGUGACAAACCUAAUGAAAAUGUCAUUUUAAAACACAGACCGUCCUCUCUCAAUUUGGAUCUAGGCAGUGCAUUUGGUAACACAACAGAAACAACAAGUAAUCCCUGUAAAUAUAACAACAAUGUUUUAUCCAACAACGCUUUACAUUGUCAUGGUUCAGUCACUCUGUCAGAGUCCAAGACAGCAGAUGAGUGCAGGGUGAAAUCCAAGUACAGUGCUUCAUCGUUAGAACUGGAAAUGUUUUUAACUGACCGGCAAGCUCCUGUGCGACGUAACUCUGCCCCAGUGUCAGUGUCAUCUGUAAGAACCACUUUCAUGAUCAAGACCUGUCAAGCUAAAGCUGUUCCAGUCAUACCUCCACAGAUUCAAUACACCCAGAUACCUCUGCCUUUACAGAAUAAGAACUCUGACACCCAGACGGACCAAGAGAAGACUUCAGGAAGUUCAGGAAGAAAGGAACUAGACUCUCCUCAAGCACAUCCUUUCGUAAGCGAUCCCAAAGAUGAAAAAGAGAACAAUGAACCUGCCGUUAAAACUCCCAGGCACUCUGGGGGUGACUCGUCUUUAGAGAUGCCUUUGCCUAAAUCUGUGGGGCCAGUGGGGCCUCCAGUGCUGAGAAGAAAGCGCAAUUCCAACGGUGAAGCCUUUGUUGAUCUGUCUUCAAAAUCUGACAGAUCCCCAGCACCACAGAAACCAUCCUACAGGGCUAGAUCCAACAGACCUCAAAGCCUCAUAUUGUUCAGUCCGCCAUUCCCCAUCAUGGACCAUCCAUCAGCCGGCAGCAAAUCACUGCUCUCCCCGAUAAAGAGCCCCACGGAAAGGUCUGCUCUGGAUUGUCUUUCUAAGGAACUCGCUGAUAAUCUGAAGACACCUGAAGGGGUCACUUUGAGGAAUAAAAUGACCAUGCCUAAAAGUGGUCAGAAGUUGGAGACUUCUACAAGUUGCUUUUACCAACCUCAGAGGAGAUCUAUGAUAUUUGACAGCAGAAGUAGCAGGCAAAUAGAAUGAACAUUUCUUACAUAUGUCUCUGCAAACCCACAUAUAAGUAUUACAGUACUCUUUGGUGCUGGCAGAAGAAACUAUGACAAGAAUAAAUGCUGACUAUAGUACUGACUAUAGUAUUGUGAAUACUACAGUGUACUACAGCAUUUUUAUAUUGGGAUUGUUUUGUCUUUGUAAUUGUUUAGCGUUAUCUGUUUACCAUGAAAAAAAAAGACUCAUGUUUUUAUGAGGUUAACAAUUUAUAUAUGCAGAGCAUCUGACAUUUAUAAAAAUUUUACUUUUGAUUUAAUAUAACUUUUUUCUUUUCUUUUAUAUAUUUACCAGAUGGUUAAAGUGAUAAAAUGAACAUAAUAUAUAAAUAUCAUGUAACUAAGUGAACUCCUAAAAUGAUUGUGCUUUACCGUUGUAAGCGGUAUUCCUGUUCUCUUAUCAGGUGGGGUCCAAGAUCAGCUAAAAUUCACAAAGAAUGAUUUAAAAAAUCACUUUCCGUUUGUUACCAUGCACAUUAUUCUAAAGUUUAGGUUGAGAAAACUGGAAACGUCAAAGCUGUUGUCUAAAGUAUUGGUGCUAAGUGCACUCAGGUUUACUUCACAUUUGUUUUUCCAUUAAACUUGAGACUUUAUAAAUCUGCAGGAAUAUUAAAUAAAUAAAAAAGCUGAACUGGAUAUCUACUAAAAUAAGUUGAAUUUUAAAUGGUUAUGUUGUCUGCAUAUUCCUACAAUUUCUUUCUUACCUGCUUUAUAUUGUUUGUUGUUGCUUACUACCUAUUCUAGCAGGGAUUGCUUCUCAAAACUAGUAAAGGCUUUUGUUCUGAGGUGAAGUGUGGAUGUUAGCAUUGUGUUGGGCAUAGAAGCCCAAAGGAGAAGCUUUGUGCUCUGAAGCUUGUGCAGCACUGACAUGGAUCCUCAACAAAAGAGAAUCACACAGAACAUGCAUAAUAGGAUAUGAAACAGGAAAGAAACUGGGACAAUGUAGACAACAUAAAAUACCCCUUUAAGUUGCCAAUACAAUUUGUUACUGGCUCAUACAAUGAAGAAGUAACAUGAAUUACUUAGCGUGCUGCAAGUUUGACAUCAACAUUUUUUGCUUUGUCUUUUUUUCUUACUUAGAAUGCAAGAAGAACAUUCACCAUGUUUUGUUUAUGAGAUGUUUUUUUAAUGAACAGUGACAUCUGCUGGAUAGGUGCACUACCUACAUUCCUGUAAAAAAUGCAGGUGUAAAGGUUGAUUGGGACUGUGGUAACUGUUGAGGUGAAAUAUGUGACUUUACAGUAAUGUACAUAGGAACACAUGACUAGUCUGUGGGCUGAGGGACAAUUGUUUUUCUAUUUGUAGCUGGUCAUUUAGAUUUUUCUAAGUGUGGGGGUCUGACACUUUUUUUCAAUGAGAAUUUAACUUCAGGCAUAAUUUAAGUAUAUUCCAGUGUUCAAAUCUGUUUAGUAGGCUGACAUGCACAGAAUAGCUAUCACACACUGUUGCCUUUCAUACACACUAAAAAGCAAUGUAAAUUCAAAUUGUUAGAGCGUUGUUAUUUUGUCCACCUGAAGCGAUCUACACACUUUAAAAGUCUGUGUAGAAUAAUUAUCUUUACUAUGUAGAAACUUGGCAUUGGGGAAUUUUUUUUCAUUUUUUUUUAUUUGAGCAAUCGGUCCUGUGUUAUAAUGAUCGCUCAUCAUAUUGUGAAUGAAGAAUGGUUUCAGAGUGUGUUGAUCAUGCAUUACUAGGUAGUAUGUAUAUAGUAUUAUUCAUAAGCAGAUUUAACUGAUUGCUCAAAUUCAUUAUACAUCUAAAGAAGAUCUGAAAACCCAGACAGGGUGUCAUUUUCUAACCCUAAUUGAAAGUCUUCAUUGGCCAGAGUUAAGGCUAUUGCACUCCAGAGCUAUUUCUUUAUCCAAACCGAGUCCGUCAUUGGUUGUACGGCAAUAAUGCAUUGACUUUGGAAUCAGAAUAAUUUUUGAGACGUGAUCAGAUUUGACUUGACGGAAUGGAUCUGGUGUGCAAUGGUCUUUAGUGUUGUUAGAGUGAGCAGGAGGUUGUGUUAUUAUUGAGAUGGUGAGGAUUGAGUUGGAAUAGCUGUAAAGAAGAGAGAGAUAAUGAACAUAACAAACAGUGCAAGCUUCUUAAGGUAAAGAACACAGUUUAAAAGGCGCAGAACAGUUUUAAUUGGAACAUAUAUAGCCCUCAAUGUUUGAUGAUCAUUCAAACAGAUUGAUCCGACUGAUGUUUUCCUGCAGUGUAAUCACUGCCCCCUAUUGGUAUAUUCUUGAAAUAGCUGUUGGUUUAAAGAAAAACACUAGCUAUCUCUAGGAAUGGGUUUUUUACUUGCUGAGUCUAGACAUAUUUAGCAAAAAAAAAAAAAAAAAAAAAGAGUGAUGCUAUUUAAUGGUUUUGUGAUUAUUUAAUAUAUUCUUCAAAUGUUCUCCACAUAUCCAAUAUAUAUAUAAUAUUUAAAAUAUACAAAAAAGGGGCAAAAAAUAUGCUUUAGAUACAUUUCAGAGAUAUAAUUAAAAUACCUAUCUGAUAUAUCCUAGAUAUGGACCAAGUCAUAGGUAUAUUGGUUAUUGUUUUUAUAAACGCUAUUACAGUGAUAUGAGGCACAAAAAACUGGUAUUUGAAGUAGUUGACAAUUCUUGUUGGAAUAUAGAUAUGGAAGUAUAAUGAACAAGUGGAGAGGGAUGAACUGUUGUGGGUGAGACAGGAAAUGCACACUAGCUCUUGGUCAUUGAUGUUAAAAUUAAAGAUAAUCAAAAUACUACCGGACAUUAUUUAUACUUAUGGUUAUUUAUGGUUAUAACAGCUACAUGGUAAUGUGUGUGUAUACGACCUACAGCUGUUGUUGUUACCACUUGCUGACAUAGCAACACAGAUUACAUAGUAAUGACAAUGCAAUGGUAAAAUAAUGGCCCAAUGAAAGACACUGUUCUUACCAAAUAAUAGAAAAUGAACAUGUGUCUUUAACAUUAAUGGCUCCCAUCAAAUUUGCCCCCAACUUGACUAUAAUGGCCAAAACGAUCAAGCAGCAGAACCUGCGGGUAUUCUUGUCAGUCAGGAAUAGAGUUGCCACUAGUCCUGGGUUUUACUCAGCAUGUGACACAACCCUGCACACAGGCCGCACACAUCAGCAGCUGCAUCCACAUUCAUUUAGAUAACUGUAGCAACAACACAAUGAUAGUAUCAUGAGUCCUGGUUUUUGCUGCCUGAUAGAAUAUUUCUGUAAUCGACUGUUACUGCCUUUUUCAAUACAGUUGUUCUAAAGAGACAUUUAAGCUGCAGCAACCUCCUUCAUUUCUUUUUUUGUAUCUGAGAGGUGGCAACCCUAGGGAUUGGUUGAAUGGUUUAUUGAGAAAAGCCUAAUUGAUAUUAUUCAGUUACUGAUGUAUACUAUUCUAAUGAAGACCUAUCAUGUACAAAAAAAACAAACAAAAAAAACAACAAUCUAAAGUUUUGCCAAUGUAUCUAUGGCAAUUUCACCUAAACUGUAUAUUAAUAUUGGAACCUGAAUAGGGGCCUGCUAAUAUGUAAUCAAGUCUUUUGUUGUUUAAAAGAGUUUUGUAUUGUAAAAAAAUUUUAAAAAAAAUAAAACAUCAUUUUGUACUCAUUAACAUUUCUCACUGCAGCAAACUGGAGCCUGUAUUGUAGUAUGGUAUGUAUGAAUUGUAAUUCUUUCAAAAUAAAAUAAAAGGUUACUCUUUUGCUAUAA